UGAUGGUUCGGUGUGUUUCUGUCGCUGCUGUUCGCGGUUUACACGGGUUUGUGUUCAGAGGUCAGCAGCUUUAUAGAAACUAAAGCGAAAAAUAGAGCGAGCGUUAAUAUCUGACUGCAGCCUGUAGGUUAAUAUUGGACUUCAUUUUAGUAGUGGCUAAAUCACAGUUAACUCUCCCAAUUUAUUAUUGAAUAAAAUUGUGAUUCGACUGCUGAAAUGUGAUGAUAUAGGUACAUCGAAAAAGGGGAGGGUAGACAUUUUUGCGGUAACUGAUUUAAAUAACAUGCUACACAUUCUGGUGUGACGAGUCGUUAUGUCGCCUUACGUCAUGCAGUACCCACCACUCAGAACGUUUCCCGCGGUGGGGUCGCUCAAAUAAUGCGCGCGAGAUUCUGGCGCGCUCAGAAUCACAGCAUACACUCACUGUAGUUUUGUCUCGAGGAUCGCCCAGCACGCGCUCGUCAGUAAAAUGCCUUGCUCUGAAGUUACAGAAGCGGUUUCGCCGCAGAAAAGAUGCAAGAGUGAUGCAGUGAACGGACACGAAGAGCAAAAGGUGCUCAAAUUCGCCAAACUGACAGAAAACGCCACGACACCGAGCCGAGGAUCGGACCGAGCCGCCGGAUUCGACCUGUACAGUGCAUAUGACUACAGCAUCGGGCCGAUGGACAAAGCUCUGGUCAAGACUGAUAUCCAGAUCGCGGUCCCACACGGAUACUACGGGAGAGUCGCUCCUCGCUCGGGUCUCGCGGUGAAGCACUUCAUCGAUGUGGGCGCUGGUGUGGUGGACGAGGACUACAGGGGGAAUCUGGGAGUGGUGCUGUUCAACUUCAGCAAAGAGACGUUCGAAGUGAAGAAAGGCGAGCGCGUCGCUCAGCUGAUCUGCGAGAGGAUCUGUUACCCGGAGCUGCAGGAGUUACAGACGCUGGAUGAGACUGUGAGAGGAGCAAGCGGCUUCGGCUCCACCGGCACCAACUGAAACUCAACUGUAGAAAUGCUGCGGGUCGGGGACACUUUACAAUAAGAGCUCGUUUGUUAGCGAUGAGCAACACGCUUCUCGCAGUAUUUAGUAACUAAUACUACUUUUGAUUUGAAGUAUUUUAUCAUCAAUAUUAAUAAAUGCUGUAGAGGGAUUGAUCAGGUUAAUUAAUGAAACCUUAUUGUAAAGUGUCCUUCACUGAUUGAUGUAAAAUGACUAAUUAGUUUGUACAUUGUGUUAUUAAAUGACAUUUUUGAUUAUAUUUCAUAGUGUUGACUGUUGAGAGAAGUUUUUCUACAUUACUGUAAUAUUCAUUAAAGUGAUUAAUUAGCUCCA